AUGACGCGAGUUCUACUUACAGGAGGAAGCGGCUUCAUCGCUGCACACACACUCGAUAUCCUGCUAGACCACGGACACAGUGUGGUUACCACGGUACGCACGCAGGAGAAGGCGGACAAGAUCAAGGAAUCGUACAAGAGCGCAGUCGACAAGGGCCAAUUGAGUUUCGCAAUUGUGCCGGAUAUUGCACAGCCGGAUGCUUUUGAGAAGGCAGUCAUCUCAGACCCUCCGUUCGAGGCUGUACUCCACACUGCUAGUCCGUUCCAUUUCAACGUUACAGACGUACAAAAGGAUUUGAUUGACCCUGCUGUCAUUGGAACAACUGGAAUCUUGAAAUCGAUCAAGAAGAGCGCGCCUUCCGUUAAGAGUGUCGUCAUCACAUCCUCGUUUGCCGCCAUCGUUAAUGGAAGCAAAGGCUUCUGGCCGGGACACUCGUACUCAGAGGACGAUUGGAACCCUAUCACACAAGAUGAGGCGCAGGAGAACCCGAUGAUGGGAUACAGGGCGAGUAAGACGUUUGCUGAGAACGCGGCAUGGGAGUUUGUCAAGAACGAGAAGCCCAACUUUACCAUCUCUACGAUCAACCCCCCGAUGGUGUUCGGGCCAAUUGUACACGCUCUAGACAGUCUCGACAAUAUGAACACGUCAAAUCAGCGAAUCCUGUCGGCUGCACAGGGUAAGUUCAAGGACGAAAUCCCUCCCAGUGGAGUACAUCUGUGGGUGGAUGUCCGCGAUGUUGCCGAGGCACACGUAGCUGCGUUCGAGAAGCCAGACGCUGCCAACAAGCGCUUCUUCGUCACGGCUGGAUACUUCUCCAACAAGGAGCUAUGCCAGAUCAUCAAGAAGAAUUUCCCAGAGUUCAAAGACCUGCCGAGCGACGACACACCUGGCGGCGACUACCCAGAAGGCACUCCUGAGAAGGGCCUGUAUGGAUACAACAACAAGCGCUCCAUUGACGUUCUUGGCCUGAAGUACAAGACUUUUGAGCAGUCCAUUGUUGACUCUGUCAAGUCAUUCCAGAAAAAGGGGUUCUGCACAAAGCUUGAUGUUGGCCGGCGAUGGCGCUCUGGAGUGGAAGAGCAAGCGCGACGAGCUUGGAAGAAAAUGACAGCGCUCGGCUCAAGGUCGGGCCGAGAUCGUACCAGGACUAGCGCGUGCCCCACCAACGAAGCCCAUCGAUGGCGGGCAGUGACAGCAAAAGCCCAAACACGUUCUCGAGAAUUCCACGUCACAUCGUCAAAUCGCCGUCGCGUAGCAAUUCCCCAACUCCGCAACCAACUCCAGCCUCCAUCAGACAACUCACGUCGAGGAACCGCAAAUAUGUCCGACUUCAACGCCAUUGCUCAGCAGUUCGUUCAGUUCUACUACAAGACCUUCGAUGAGAAUCGCGCUGGUCUCGCUUCCCUCUACAAGGAGCACUCUAUGCUCACCUUUGAGGCGCAAGGAACUCAGGGUUCAGCCGCCAUCGUAGAGAAGCUUCAGAACCUGCCAUUCCAGCAGAUACAACAUCGCACCGACACCGUCGACGCUCAGCCUUCUGCUGACGAUGGUAUCCUCGUUCUGGUGACUGGUGCGCUUCUGCUUGGCGGCGAGGACAAGCCAAUGAGCUUCACUCAGGCUUUCCAGCUCAAGAACGAUGCGGGCAACUGGUUUGUGCUAAACGACGUUUUCCGUCUCGUAUACCCCGCCGCAUAG